AGUUGUUGCUGUCUGCGUGACCGCUGCCCUCAUUGAAGGCGUCCCGUGCAACUCCAAAAGUCACUUUGCAUUUCUAGCAGAGAAGGGACAGCGAACGUUGUCCGCGAGGCAGCCACCCCCGUUGCGUCCUUCCUUUUGUGGAUCGUCUUGUUUCCUUCCAUUUAUACUGGCGUGAAGGUUCCUUUCAUUUCCACUUCGAGUACCGCUUGCUGCUCAAACAACAGCGAAAGAGUCAUCCAGCAGCCGGCACGCACCACUGCACGCCUCCACCAUGUCGCAGACAAAGCCACUUGCCUACCAUACACUCUCCCGCCCAUCACGGGACAGCUUCACCAUUCAGCGCAACGCGGGCCGCGCAUCGGCCGUGCAGCAUCAGCAGCAGCGCAACUCCAACGCUUCGGCAACGGCAACCGCCGGAGGAGCACCUGGCAGCGGCAGCAGUGCCCUCAGCUCCGCUGAUGUCACCCGAGGAGCCGCCACAACCUCCUCGCUGGACACCUGGACGGGCUUCUUAAGCGCGCAGUGGGUGGAGUCCGUCAAGGCAGCCUCGCCUGGCGUAUCCACGGCGCAGCCGAGUGAGACCGACCUCGUAAGCUCUCUGCAGGGUGUCGUGGCCCGCCAGAACCGAGUGGUGGCGCAGCUGCAGGCGAAGCUGACGGCGCAGCGCACACGGGAGGAGCAUGAAUGGCAGCAGAAGAAGACCCAGGCAAAGGCGUCGGAGAGGCGAGAGCCCUCAAAAGAGCGGAGCGCAUCGCAACACCACCAUGCCGACGACGACGACGUCCACGGCGCUGUGGAAAACACGCAGGUGUGCGUCUUGCUGGGCAGCGUGCUCGAGCACGCCCGCCUGACGUGGGCGAACGCUGUCACGCAGCACUUUCAGAGCGCCGAGGCACACAAGCUGGCAUUUACAGGCUCCAGCAGCACAGAGAGCACUCCAAAGGCAGGCGCUGCAGCGGCGAUCAGCGCCGAGGCGGCAAUGGAGGAGGAGCGGGUUGGGCUCCCAACGAUCGAGUUACUCUUCCGCUGCCUCGUAGACGGCAUCAACUCGGAGGAGACGCAGAAGACGAUCACCUCCAUGGGUCUGCUGCCCGCCUCUGCCUGGGAGAGCGGCCGGCUCGGCGUCAACCAGCUCGGUCUGCUCACGGUGUUUCAGCCUCACGUGCAGGCCCUGCGAACGUUCCCGGCCAUCGUGCCCACGCUGGAGGUGCUGCGGGAGUGCUUCGUGGAGUUGCACCCCGGCAACUUGGUCACGUCAACUCCGUGCGGUCCGCUGGACAGCACGUUGGAGGUGGCCGAGUCGCAGAUCGACGCCCUUCUCCGUAUGGGCGAGGAGGCGGAGCAGGUGGCAAGUCUGCUGCGCGAAAGCCUGCACCCGUCCGUGCGCCGGCUCCUCUACGCGCGUGCCCUGCAGGUGCCACUGGCGGUCACCGAUGGCAAGCCGAUGUUUCUCCCGCAGAGCGGGUUCAUGAUGAAUCAUUUCCCACACGGCCUCUCGCGCUACAUCACGUGCGCGUCCCGGCACGCACGCGACAAGGUGAAGCGGCGCUUUCAGCAUCACUACUCCUCCCCGAAGCAAGAGGGACGGGCGCGGCUGCUGCAGCGGCUCGUGCUGGAUGACGCGCUUACCGCUGUUGGCGACAGCGACAAGUACUUCGUGUACACCGACGAUGUGGAGGUGGCGGUGACGGCGAUGGUGGUGGACCGCAGUCUGCCGGAGGUGAAGCUGCAGAACACGCUGCGGCAGCUCGGCCGACCCGACGGUGCCUUGGAGCACUACAUCACAUUCUUGCGCUAUCCAGAGGACAACUUGAUUCUGCAGAAGGCGUCGGCCUGUGGGUUCUUCCCGAUUGAAGGCAGCACGCUUCUGUUAGCCCCCUUGUGCAACGUCACGGGGGACACGGUGGAGCAGUACGAGCUGAUGUCAGCCAUGACGGCGCAGCUGUGGGGACGGCUGCAGGGGCCAACGCCGGAGCUCUUCCAGUGUUGUCUGCUCUUCGAGAGUCUGGUGCAGCGUUUGGCCUUGCCGGCGGUGUUGCACGCGACGCGCGAUCUGCAGUACCCGCCGCUUCUGCUGGCGAUGCGUUGGAUGCUGACCGGCUUUGCAGAUCUGCUCGACAGCUUCGAGGUGCUUUCCUUCUGGGACUUGGUGCUGUCGUACCAUCUGCGAGAGAUGCACCGUCGCAGCUCCUUGUCAUCGCCGGUCGGGUUGGCCAGCGCGGCGUCGGCAGACAGCACGACGCCGUGUGCGCUGUGGCUGCUGCCGAUGUACGCCGCAGUCAUUUUUGUGUUGCGUGCGCCGAUGGUCGAGGCGUGCCGCACGGCAGCUGAGGUGGACGUGGUGUUCGCCGCCGGACAUCAGCUGCGCACCCGCUCCCUCCUUCAGGGCCUUCUGUUUAGCUGA